AUGGCCAAUGGAUGCCGUGAUGUUCAUCCUUGUCAGGGUGGCAGUCUGUUCCCAGGACUACCAAGCAAAAUACAGCUGAAUGAACAAGAGAAGCUAGCCGCCAAGAAGAAGCGGAGAAAGGAGCGGGAAGCUCUCGGAGACAAAGCACCUCCAAAAGCCGUACCAAAGACUAUUGAAAAUCAGAGAGUGUAUGACGAAACAACUGUAGAUCCCAAUGAUGAAGAGGUUGCUUUUGAUGAAGCAACUGAUGAAUUUGCACCAUACUUCAACAGACAGACAGUUCCCAAGAUUCUUAUUACAACAUCAGAUAGACCUCGUGGGAGAACAGUGAGAUUCUGUGAACAACUGUCUACUGUUAUACCGAACUCGCAUGUCUACUAUCGAAGAGGACUGGCUUUGAAAAGAAUUAUUCCACAGUGUAUUGCAAGGGACUUCACUGAUUUAAUCGUCAUUAAUGAAGAUCGCAAAAUACCAAAUGGUCUCGUUUUAAGUCAUCUGCCUGAUGGUCCAACUGCUCAUUUUAGAAUGAGUAGUGUCCGUUUGCGUAAAGAAAUAAAGCGAAAAGGGAAAGAAAUGCCGAAUACAACACGACUCGGACAUUCUGUUGGUCGCAUGUUUGCUUCUCUCUUCCCACAUGAUCCUCAGUUCAUUGGAAGACAAGUAGCUACAUUUCACAACCAGCGGGACUACAUCUUUUUCAGAUUCCACAGAUAUAUCUUCAAGAGUGAAAAGAAAGUGGGAAUUCAAGAACUUGGGCCACGUUUUACAUUAAAGCUGAGGUCUCUUCAAAAAGGAACAUUUGAUUCCAAAUUUGGAGAAUAUGAAUGGAUUCAUAAGCGCCGAGAAAUGGACACAAGUAGAAGAAAAUUUCACUUGUAAGGGACAGCUAUCUGCCAGUUGCUGUUGACCAGAAAUACAAAAACUGCUUUGAACUGUGGAUUAUCUCAGACUGCCAACUAAUGAUAAUGAUACUGAACAGUAUCUAUCUGCAUAAAGACAAA